CACGAACGUACUCGAUUUUAUUACGUUAAUCCUUUUCCAGCUUACAAUGCAUCGAGAACUGAUUUAUCCAGGUGCAAAUUAUCUCAACUAGGAAGUGAGUAUAAAGGCUCCAUUGUGACGACUGUCGGUGGUUUCCGAUGUCAAUCGUGGGUCGCCGAGCAACCGCUUCAUAAAAUCCGUAGCGAUAUAACUGAUGCAGAUUUUCCGGAAAGAUCUAUGAAGUUGGCGAAAAAUUAUUGUAGAAAUCCUACCCGGGAUCUAAGAGGACCCUGGUGCUAUACGUUAGAACCUACAGUUAUGGAUGAUGAAUGUGAUGUUCCACUUUGCAAUUACGGAGAUUGCAUUAUUACGGGUCUAGGAGCCGAAUAUGGCGGGAGUCGAAGUUUCAGCUCUUCAAGAAGAAAAUGCAAGUCUUGGAACAAAAGAUAUAAACUUGGUAAUACAAAAAGUAUUAAAUUCCACAACAAACAUUUCCCAGAUGGGUCAAGGACAAAGGCAAACAAUUACUGUAGAAAUCCCGACGAUGAUAUUGGCGGUCCUUGGUGUUAUGUGGAAGAAAAAAGUUAUGAGUUAGUAGAAAAAGAACACUGUGAUAUUCCAUUUUGCGAUGACAGAGAUUGCUUAAUGUACUCCCGAAAUUCAUCAACCUAUUCUACAUUAACGGGUUUAAACAGCACUUAUGGGAACAUAUCCCUUUGGAUAAAACUCUGGAAUCCCCUUGAUGAGCAAAAUGCAGAAGCCAGGAUUUUAUUAAGUUUACUUCCAAUUCCGUCUUCUGCCGAGAAGAUUGCACAAGACUGGAAAGCUGGAGUAGAACUUUUUAUCUCAAACAGUGUCAGCGGUCAGACAUAUCCGGUUACUGAUAAUGGCCAGCUUUUUGAAGAUACGCCCGGGAUGCUGCUCAGUUCUAAAUGGACUGGUCUGUGGAUUACAUGGGGUGGUGGUUUCAUAUCGCUCGGGAUACACGGCAUAUCUAAACCUUUAAUCAUGGACGAGUACAGGUCGAAAAAUAAUAUUUCGAGUUUAUAUCCCGACAGUUUUCUGCACUACGGCGUUAUGGGCACCGGUGUAUUAUGGAGCACGGAGUUUUGUCAAAAUUAUUGCGAAAGUCACACCACUUUUGGAGAUGAGUUCUUGACUGUUUGGCCGAUGCAAAAGAGCAAUGAUACUCAGGAUGUGCGUUUUUACGUUCGAGCCAGCCGUGAUAUAAAAGUACGAUUGUAUCAGAGCCCUGGGGUACUCUUUCCUUGUUUCACGCUGGAAAUCAAACACAACGACAUUAUAUUUCUGUCGUAUCAGGAAACUGAGAGAGCAGUAAAGCAGUACCUGAAAGAAGUUAUAAUUAAGGGUUCGCUCGAUUAUUGGAUUUGGAAAAAAUUUACCAUCAGCAUCUUUGGCACACACUUGCGUCUAAUUUCGCAGCUUGUAUCUGAAAGCGAGGAGAUUUUGUUUGUAAAUCAUGACCUACUGGCUACCCUGCGUUGGUUCAGCGUCGCUAGUAAUCAAACUAUAGCACACUGGACAUUUUUCUGUCCACCCGAUGCAAUGGACGCCGUAGAAGAUCCUCAACCUCCGAACUGCAUUCAUAACUUCGCCGACUAUGAGUAUCGUGGAACUCAAUGGACGAGUGAAAGGGAACUUCCGUGUGUACCAUGGGUGGCGAAAGAGGUGCCGGAUAGCGAGAAGAUCGCCGAUAAUUUUGUCGAUAGAUCCAUCGCCAAAGUUUUAAACAGAUGUAGAAAUCCAACUAAUGAUCCUAGCGGACCUUAUUGUUACGCGGUUUCCACUCCACAUGCUACGGAUGUUAUAAAACGAUAUUGCACCGUUCGAAUUUGUAGAUCGUCAGAAUGUCGAAUGGCAGGAACUGCUAAUGAUUACAUAGGCACGCUAUCGACAACUCGUUCGGGUCGAACUUGCGCAAAGUGGUUGAGCGAUUACGAUCUCGAGCAGAUGCAAAAACCUAACGCAUCGUUGGCGGCAAGCGUCGCUUCCCCGAGUCCGGCUCGCGUGAGUCGUUCUUUGAUGGAGCAAAAUGUCUCAUCGGGAUCGUCACUGUUUACAAAAUCACCGUCGCUUCCGCCACCGAAAUUGUUGACGAAAUCGAGAUUUGCUGCUGUCAAACCUGUUCAUAGCGUCGACCGAGCGUAUUGGAAUGACAGUCUCUAUCCUGAACGUAGCGUUCGAAAUGCCAGCAACUAUUGCAGAGAUCCUUCGCGCAACAUCGCCGGUACCUGGUGUUACACGACGGAUCCAUUGGUCCCGCAAGAUCUGUGCGAUGUGAGAGAUUGCGAGAAGCCAGAGGAGUGUACGUUUUUCGUGAAAGGACACGGGAUCGGACGGCGUUUGUACGUUUUUCCGGAGCAUCGUACGGAGGGCUUGCAUUUUUCGUUAAAAGCAUGGGAACCCGACCGACCCGACUCCAUAACGUUCGUGUUCACCGCCGACGAUGGACUGAAAUCCCGUUACAUCCUCAAGAUCGGUGCUUUAGAUAAUGAGAAAGUUCUCCUCUAUUAUCAAUCAGAGGAAAAGGAAAUAGCUCUGGUGAAGAAGAAGACACUGCCGCAUUUAUUGUACCUUGGUAAAUGGAGUAGCUUCGUUAUUCGCAUACCUCGGGGACGCGUUCUCGUUUACUACGCUGGAGCGCCGGAUCCGCUCUUCGAAUGGGAACACCCCGAACCCGCCAAAGCCUUCUUACCGGUCUAUUAUUAUUAUAACAGCGAGAAAGGACACGCUAUAGGAGUCGCUUUCGAUUGCGCAUCAAGAUGUCACAUUGAGAACACGCAAACUGAUCGCUACACGAGAAUAUUACCGGUGUCGACCUGGUCUAAGGAAGACUUGGUCAGACCCAACAAGUUAACGCUAAUGAUACGCGCCGAAGGAGUCAUUUGGAUACCGUUACUUCUGUUGCCCGCGACACCGGGAUUUUACGCGCUCAUGCUCGGUAAGCAAGGCCGGUGGAUACAUUUCCUGAAGAACACAUAUCCCAGCGUGAAGGUUUAUCACAAGCAGAAAGCGCCAAUGCCGAUAUUUGCCAGCAAAUCUUGGACGAAUAUUACCAUAAAAUGGUCGGGAAGCACGAUUGACGUAUUUUGCAACGAGACGAUCGUGUUCCAUUACGUGCAUCGUCUACCACUCAUCUUCUACUUCUUCUCACUCGCCGUGGACGCGGGAAGUUGGGCUACGUGGAGCGCGAAUUGCAUGCCGUCAGAUAUCGAUGGUCCCCCUUUAGACGGCGGAUGGUCCGAAUGGGGACCGUGGGCGUGCAGUGCUAGCUGCAAUGGCGGCAUAGGAACCAGAAAACGAUACUGUAAUUCACCGGAGCCCAACGUGAAGGGUGAACCUUGUAUAGGACCUAGCAGUAUGACCGGUCGCUGCAAUAUGAUUCUCUGUGGUGAUAUAACCGACGAUACCGUGACUUUGAUUAAGAGGGCAAUCGCACAGAAUUAUACUGCACUUACCGUACACGAAGAUGAACCGAUAUCACUUCCUUCCGAUUUAAAUAUCGUGAGUGCCGUCAGAACCGAAUCGCCCGAUUCAGAAGUACAAUGGUCUCACAAUGGCAUUUUCCUCCAGGAAGAAGAGCACAGACUGGAAAUUAAAGAUUACGAAAUCAUAAUAAGCAGAGCGACGUUGAACGACUCGGGCGUGUAUACGCUGACAGUUCAUCGUAUAGACGGGACGUAUAUGAUAUUUAAAGUGGCGACUUUGGCAGUGGUCCCAAUGAAGGAAAGUGUCACUAUUCGCGAAACUCUCUCCAUGAACGUAAAGUGCCAUUGCAUUAUCCUUGGCUACGUGUAUUCCGACCUGAAGGUGUAUUGGACUAUCGAUGACAGAGUGUGGAAAGACUAUGGCGUCACGUUGCCCGUAGCUGCGAAUGUAGAUCACCUCCCAGCUGUAAAUAAAUCUCAUCACGGCACGUGGAAGUGCGUUGUGGAGCAAGUCGACCUAAAUUUCAAAUGGACAACAAAUAUGAUCCGCGUCAAAGUUCUCGGGCCUCCAAACUGGCGUACUUACUUAAUGGAGGAUAAAUUGACGCGGCCGAUCUUUGGCUGGAUGCCGAGCGAGGAAUUCGUUGCUUACGCAGCAUUGGCUAUGAUUCUGCUCCUGAUAUGCUGUAUUAUUAUAGGCUCCACGCUUUAUAUCAGAUUUCGAGAAAGUUUGAAAGUCAGUCCAGCCGCGGUCAAAGAGAAGAUGCGCACGGGAAAACUUAAGACAAAGGACAGAAAAAUCGCUGGAGUUUCUGCGUCCAUAGAAACGGGAAAUGAAAGUACAACGGACGAUACCGUGCAGCUUGAAAAAGCGCAUGGAGCAAAGGAUAACGAGCACCGUGCGAGAAAAUCGGAAAACUUCAAUCACGAUGCUAUGAAGUCACACCAAUCGAGAUCCAAAAGAGGAACUGCUUGGCCUCGCAGGCUGUUCAAGAACAAGUCCAAGUCGGGACGUGAAGGUUUGCUUAAAGAUAAAACAAAUUCUGCAACUAUAUUAUCACCCCAUUCCCCCCCCCCCCUUUCAUCGACUGCAACCCGAAUUGCAGAUUGGAGCAGCGAAACUAAAUCGACCGUCGACGAGACGUCGGAGAGAACGAACUUGAUCAGCGACAGCGACACCGCAUAAAUAAGCAAGAUCUCCAGCAUAAGGAUCAGGCAUGUGCGACAUCCGACACGCACAGGUGUCAUUUAUUUCGCAGAGAAUCGACGUACAGCUCUCUUCAAAUUCGCAGUGUCAAUCGAUAAUCUCUCGACGGCUGCGUACCCUCGAAUCGCUCGCGGUUUUGGUCGAAGCGGUCGAGCGAAGGAGACGACGCAUGGCAGACGCCAGUGCGAAUCAAACGAGAUGAAGGAAGGGUGAAUGAGAGAAAAAGGAGCUCCGAGAAAGAGAGCACGAGGGUCCACUCUGGGCCCGGAGGGCGGGAAGGAUUCGCUCUACGGGGAGGGAGAGUCGAUCGACGGGGAGUGAAGUUGCCAGCAGAUCGGUAGGACAGGCCUGAGGGAAGCGCAACAAAAACAGAGAAAAAGAAACGACGGAGGCUAUUUGCUGGAAGCGGUAGGGAGGGUGAGAGCGGCCGCGUCCUGGCUGGAUAGAGAGAGAGGGAGAGAGAG